UCUCAGCGCCUCUGUCGGGUUCCUGGGAUUGGGAAAUCGGCCUCGUAACCGGGCAACUGCUGAUCCACCGCUGUCCGUGGCGGAUUGGCCUUCAGAGUUAGUCCGGGCUCUUCUCUCAACCGCCGCUAGCGUCGUAGCCAAGGGCUCCACUCCCGUUGCCAUAGCAGCAGUACACUACCCUUCCCCCAUUGCCUUUCUUCUGAAACAUCCCGUCCCUCUCAGGACCAACAUCCUCUCCUCAACUGCUUCUAGUUGAGCAGAACCAGAGCCUGCCCCCUGUCGUGAAGGGGGAUUGGGACAAGGACUGAGCUUGAUCUUCAGGCAGGAGAAAAGAUGUCAGAUGACGAUGAUCUGGAUGAGUUUGAGCCAGACCAGGAUGAUUCUGAAAAAGACGAUGAUGAGAAGGAGACAGAGGAGUGGGAAGAUGACAGGAAAGAGGGAGAAGAAUUUUCUGAGGAGUGGCUGCCCACCCCCCUCACGGAGGAUAUGAUGAAGGAAGGGCUUUCUUUGCUUUGUAAGACGGGCAAUGGACUGGCUCAUGCUUAUGUGAAGCUGGAGAUUAAAGAGAGGGAGCUGACAGACAUCUACUUGCUGCGCUCCUACAUCCAUCUGCGCUAUGUGGAUGUUUCUGAGAACCACUUGACAGACCUGUCUCCACUUAAUGGCCUAACCCACCUGCUCUGGCUGAAGGCUGAUGGCAAUCGGCUGCGGACUGCCCGGUUGAAUGAACUGCCCUACUUGCAGAUUGCCAGUUUUGCCUAUAACCAGAUCACUGACACUGAGGGCAUUUUUCAUCCUCGUCUGGGAAGCCUGGAUCUCAAAGGGAACCGCAUCCACCAUGUGACAGGUCUUGAUCCCCAGAAGCUGAUCAGCCUGCAUACAUUGGAGCUUCGGGGGAACCAGCUGGAAAGCACCACAGGAAUCAACCUCCCUAAGCUGAAGAACCUCUACCUGGCCCAGAACUUGCUGAAGAAGGUGGAAGGCUUGGAGGAACUGACUGGUCUCACCACUUUGCAUCUUCGAGACAACCAGAUUGAAACUCUGAGUGGCUUCUCUGGGAAAAUGCAAUCACUGCAGUACCUCAACCUGAGCAGGGGCAACAUGGUGACAGACCUGGGGGAGCUGGCCAAGCUUCGGGACCUGCCCAAGCUGCGAGCCUUGGUGCUGUUGGACAACCCAAUCACAGAUGAGAGUGACUACCGCCAGGAGGCCCUUGUGCAGAUGGCACAGCUUGAACGCCUGGACAAGGACUACUUUGAGGAGGAGGAGCGGGCUGAAGCCAGUGAGAUCCGUCAGAGGCUGAAAGAAGACCAGGAGCAGGAGGCUGAGCCUGAGCAUGACCUGGAACUGGACCAGGCACUGAUGUAGCAGCAGUUCUUCUGGCCUCCAAAGCUAAUCAAAGAUGUUGGUCCCUAAACCUGAUCAGUUCCAGUGAGGGGCCACUGCACUCAGACCCAGGAGAUAAAGGAUGCUUUCUUUUGCCACAAAUCUAGACAUUCAUCCACAGCCUAAGGCCCGUGGCUCUGUACCAGUAACCAGGGCAGGGAGCAGUCCUCAGCCAGGUGUGGUGGAAAGCGGGCCUGCGUGCCCCCUGGGAGUUCAGGGAAGGCUGGCUGGGGUGUUAGGACAGUUAAAUUUUCCA